AUGACAAUGGAAACUCAAAAUAUUUUAAUUGAAAAGCGCAGAUUAGCAAAAUCCAAAAUAACGCGAACACAAAAUUAUAUUUCAAAAUGUACUUCCGAAUUGAGUAAUUUGGAACUAAACGCGCGUAAGCAGCUUCUCAAUGACACAUUUAACAAAUAUAAUGAAGCACAAGAUGAGUUUGAAAUCAUUAAUUUAGAUGAAUUCGAGGGCGAUCGCGAGGAGUUAGAAACGCAAUAUUGCAAGAUUUUGUGUACAAUAGAUAUUUUAUUGGCCGGUUGUAGACAAAGUAAUGCAUGCGCGCAGAAUGUGUCUAAAUCAGCUUCAGCUAAAGUUCAGCUUCCUCAAAUUCAUCUGCCAAAUUUUGAUGGAGACUUGUCUAAAUGGCCGGAAUUUCGAGACAUGUUUUCGAGUCUAAUUAUAGAAAAUAAAUUGUUAACAAAUUCCCAAAAGUUACACUAUUUAAAAAACUCAUUGCAAAGAGACCGCCAAUUUAUUUGA